AUGGAUCCCGAGGUAUCUGCUGUGCUGCACCGUAGUUUGCAGCACAAGUUUCUUCAACUUUCGCGCGGCGAAAAGAGCAAGCUCUUUUUCGAGGAUGGGAGCAUUGUAAUCGACGCCUCUGGCGGCGCAGCUGUUGCUUGCAUUGGACACGGAAACGACAAGGUGAAGAAGGCCAUUGCUGCCCAGCUUGACAAGAUCGCGUACUGCUCAACAGCUUUCUACACGAGCAGUGUAUGCGAAGAGCUCUGCCAGGAACUCGUCCAAUCUACUCAUGGAUUCAUGACUCGAGCCCUGAUCGUCUCAUCCGGCUCUGAAGCAAUGGAGGCCGCAAUGAAAUUGGCACGGCAGUACUUCCUUGAGAAGUCGACACCGGAGCCCCAGAGAGUCAACUUCAUUGCCCGCCAACAGUCGUAUCACGGCACUACACUUGGCAGUCUCUCCAUGGGCGGCCAUGUUUACAGAAGAGCCAAAUUCGAGCCAAUGUUGUUGAACAACAUCUCUAGAGUCUCGCCCUGCUUCCCGUAUCAUAACCGAAACUCUCAAGAGAGUGAUGAGGCCUACGUCUCCAGACUGGCCGCUGAGCUUGAUGCAGAGUUCCAGAGACUCGGGCCAGAGACAGUCUGCGCAUUUGUUGCUGAGCCCGUUGUUGGCGCAGCACUUGGUUGCGUGACGUCGGUACCAGGAUAUUUCAAGGCCAUGAAGCAAGUCUGUACCAAGUACGGCGCCCUAUUGGUCCUGGACGAGGUCAUGUGUGGUAUGGGCCGUACAGGCACUCUGCAUGCCUGGGAGCAAGAAGAUGUUGUUCCAGAUAUCCAAACCUUGGGAAAAUGCCUGGGUGGGGGUUAUCAACCCAUCGCAGCGAUGCUGGUUCAUCGCAAUGUAGUUGAAGUCAUGUCGAAUGGAACUGGGGCGUUUGUACACGGUCACACAUAUCAAGGCCAUCCGAUUGCUUGUGCCGCUGCUCUGGAGGUGCAAAAGAUUGUCAAGGAGGAGAGACUCAUUGAGAAUGUCCGAAAGCUGGAACCAAUCCUUUCUGAGGGGUUGAUUAAGAGCGUGUCUCAUCACCCAAACGUUGGCAACAUUCGAGGACGAGGCUUCUUCUGGGGCAUUGAGUUUGUGGCGGACAAGGAGACUGGAAAGCCGUUUCCCGUCAGCGCAGGUGUUGCCAUGGGUCUCGCGGAGCUUGGCCUAAGCAAAGAAUAUGGAAUUGCUGUUUAUCCCGGGUCUGGAACCGUUGAUGGUGUGAAUGGUGACCACGUCAUCAUUUCGCCGGCCUACAAUACGACCGCAGAGGAGAUUGAGGAGAUUGUUGAAAUCUUUCAACGGCUCGUGUCUGACUACUUCAAGGCGAAAGAAUCGACGCUGUGA